AUGGUCCAUCUUGCAUCCAUUAAGAAAGACGAGGACUUCGAGCCUGUCACCAAGCGUGUCGAUUCGAUCAAGCUCGACACCACUGACGAGGAUGAGUUCUCGACCACUGUCUAUGGCACACACUUUGCUACUCGGCAGCUGCCUCACACAGAGAUGCCGGAUCGCGAGAUGCCCCGCGAUGUGGCUUACCGCAUGAUCAAGGACGAGCUGAGCCUGGAUGGCAAUCCGAUGCUGAACUUGGCGAGUUUCGUCACUACUUACAUGGAAGACGAGGCCGAGAAGCUCAUGGCCGAUUCGUUCAGCAAGAACUUCAUCGACUACGAAGAAUACCCUCAAUCUGCCGAAAUUCAGAACCGAUGCGUCAACAUGAUCGCUCGUUUGUUCAAUGCUCCUACAGAUAGCGAGGAUGACCACCCGAUGGGCACCUCCACCGUCGGCUCCUCAGAGGCGAUUAUGCUGGGCACUCUCGCGAUGAAGAAACGGUGGCAGAACAAGCGCAAGGCAGAAGGAAAGGACUGGUCGCGACCGAACAUCGUCAUGAACAGCGCUGUCCAGGUCUGCUGGGAGAAGGCAGCCCGUUAUUUCGAUGUCGAGGAGCGCUAUGUCUAUUGCACGGAGGACCGCUACGUCAUCGAUCCCAAGGAGGCCGUGGACCUUGUUGACGAAAACACUAUUGGUAUCUGCGCCAUCUUGGGCACAACGUACACCGGCGAGUACGAAGACGUGAAGGCGAUCAACGAUCUCCUCAUCGAGCGUGGCCUCGACUGCCCGAUUCACGUCGACGCAGCUAGCGGUGGCUUCGUCGCUCCGUUCAUCCACCCAACCCUGCAAUGGGACUUCCGCUUGGAGAAGGUCGUUUCGAUCAAUGUCUCCGGGCACAAAUAUGGCCUGGUUUACCCCGGUGUCGGAUGGGUCGUCUGGCGGUCGCCCGAGUACCUGCCCAAGGAGCUCAUCUUCAACAUCAACUACCUCGGCGCCGAGCAAGCUAGCUUCACGCUGAACUUCUCCAAGGGCGCAUCUCAUGUCAUCGGCCAGUACUAUCAGAUGAUCCGACUGGGCAAGCGAGGAUAUCGCUCGGUGAUGGUCAACAUCACUCGCAUCGCCGACUACUUGGCCGACCAGCUUGAACAGCUCGGCUUCAUCAUCAUGAGCCAGCGACGCGGCCGGGGACUGCCUCUGGUUGCUUUCCGUCUGCCCGCUGACCGUGACGAGGAGUUCGACGAGUUCGCGAUCGCCCACCAGCUGCGCGAGCGAGGUUGGAUUGUGCCGGCUUACACUAUGGCGCCGAACAGCAAUAACCUGAAGCUGAUGCGUGUGGUCGUCCGCGAGGACUUUACCAUGAGCCGAUGCGACCAGCUUUUGAGCGAUAUCAAGCUUGCCCUGAAGAGUCUAAAGUAUAUGGACAAGGCUAUGUUGGAGAAGUACACGCAGUAUGUUUCUUCCUCUUCCCUCAAAGAAUCAAUCUAA